AUGAGUUUACCAAUAAUAAUCCAUUUUAAUUCCGAAGAAGAAUUUUUUCCAAUAAAAAAUCUUCAAAUAUCAAAAUCUUAUUUUACAAAUGGAUUAAUUAAAACAAAUAUAUCAUGGACUAAAAAUAAUGAUUCAAGAAUAAAACAAUAUGAUAUAUAUUGGAUUGAAAAUAAAUGUUAUUCAGAUAUUUAUUCAUGUUGCUAUAGACGUGAUGCAGUUACAAUACAAAAUUAUUUUCAAUUAUAUGAUUUACGUUUUAAUUGUACAUAUUUAGUUAAUAUAAAUGCAAUUGGAUUAAAAAUUAAGAAAUCUUUUCAAUUUUAUUUUAAUGUUAGUUCAUGUGAAUUAACAGAUGUUUAUGGGUCAAUUCGUCCACUAUGUCAUACAGAUCGAAAGACAAUUGACAUCUUUUCAUCAUUACCGCCACUCGAUCUUAUUGUUAGAAGAAAUGGAUCAGGUUUUAAUUUGUUUUGGCAAAAUAUUCAUUCAACCGUUAAUAAUGUGUUCUAUCGAUUGCGUAUUGAAAAAUUACCAAAUUAUGUCGAAAUUGUUUCGGUUGAAUUUCCUCAUACAAUUAUGAAUUACUUUAUACCUUAUUCAAAAGACGAAGAUGAUCGAUAUCUUAAUGUAACAUUAAGUUUAAUUGAUAAAAUUUCUAUACGACAGCAACAAUCGAUAUUAAUUAAUGAAAAAAAAGACGAAUACUUUUAUUCACAAUAUAAGAUAAGUUCAUCAUCAAGGAUUAUUUACUUCAGAUUUUUUCUUGUAUUUGUUUGGUUAACUUCAGUAAUGAUUAUAAAAUAA